AUGCCACUCAAGAAAGAUUCCCGUCCAUCCCUUUCAGCCAGUGUGGAUACCGCUCGCUUCAUCCUCCUCGGAAUGCUCAUCGCCUUUUACAUGCUGGCUGGCGCUGUCUCAUUUUCCUCCUUGGAGAGAUCAGCGGAAAUUCUGGCCCAACAGCAUUGGCAAAAAAGGCUGUGGGUAUUCAGUCACGUGCAUAAUAUUAGUUACCGAGAUCUGAAAUCUCUUUUACGCCACUACGAGGAUGCCAGGAUGGCGGGUGUCCGUGUGGAACGAGGCAGAGCACUGUGGGACAUCCCGGGAGCUUUCUACUUUGUGGGAACUGUGGUGUCCACCAUUGGGUUCGGCGUGACGGCCCCAUCCACAAUAGCAGGGAAGAUCUUGCUCGUCUUCUACGGCUUGUUCGGCUGCUCGGCCGCCAUGCUGUUCUUCAAUCUCUUCCUGGAGAGAGUCAUCGCGCUGUUGAGUUUCAUCUUAUUCUGGUGCCACUCCAAAAGAAUCCGAGACUGCAGAUCACCGUCCAGAAGCCGUCCAGGAGGCGGCAAAAACGAGUGGAAGCCACCCGCGUACCAAGUGACCCUGUUGCUUUUCCUUGCCGUGGUGGUCGUCGCUUGCGGUGCGGCCUCGCUUUACUCGGCCAUGGAAGGCUGGACUUACCUGGAGUCUCUCUACUUCUGCUUCGUGGCCUUUAGCACGGUGGGAUUCGGGGACUUUGUGAGUGUUCAGAGGAAGCAACACGAAGACAUCCGUGCGUAUCAGGUGGCAAAUUGCCUUGUGAUGUUUCUCGGGGUGUGCUGCACUUAUUCCCUCUUUAGCACCAUCGCUGAGAUAAUCAGACGAGGACUCGGCCGUAUUAUGACAACACUGGCCAGAGCUUACAGACGUUUUCUGCAACUCAGCUGCCCUUCCGACCGUAUGGGAUGUCCACAUGCAAGUGAGGCGUGCUGUUAUGAUGAAACUAAAGUGGAAACAGUUUGCCACAGAGAAUUCUCUGACAAAAACAAUGAAUGUGAGGUGAAGUAAGAAAU